GGAAGACUUUACUAUUAUGUAUUUUCAUUGAAAAGCAGGACUUCCGAAAGGCAGGUCGACAUGACAGAGAACGGGUCAACAAAUGGAUCUGAUUCCGGUUCGCCGCUGACUAAAGAAGAACUUGAUGCCAUUCAUGAAACUUGGGCACUGGUUUGGAGUGACAAGAAAAAUAAUGGAAUAGAAUUUUUUGUAAAGUUUUUUACCCAUUUUCCGGAAGCACAAGAUAAAUUCAAAGACUUCAAAGGAUUGUCAAUUGAAGAAGUGAGAGCACACAAAAAGUUACGUGCGCAUGCGUUAUCGGUUUUCUAUGCUAUAAAAUCAUAUAUUGACCAUCUAGACGAUCUUGAAACGCUGACAGAAUUAAUUCGGAAGAAUGCACGGAAUCAUGUAGAUAGAAAGGUUGGCGGGAAAGAAGUAAAGUGGCUUGUUCCUCCAUUCGUUGAACUCCUUCAAGAAAAGACGAAUGGAAAAGUUACAGAACUACAUAAAACUGCAUGGACAAAAGUUUUUGAUGUAAUUGCUUCAAUAUCAGAUGAAGAGAUUGAAAAAGCAAAAUAAACAGAUAUAUAGCUGCAUUAAUAUGUGGUGACACAAGUUUUUCAAGACAAUAACCGGUAUUGGUAACCGACUAGGACGGUUGAGCGACUCCAGUAAUUUAUUCAGGGUUAAAAGGUUAAUUUUUGAGUAAAUCAAUUAUGUGAAUCGAUGAAAAAUAUACUGAAGAGAUUUCAUUAAAGGUGCGAUAUGAUGAGGAUCGAAUGCGAAGCAGUAUAAUCAUAUUAUCCAUAGCUAUCGAUACAUGUUCGUGUUUGUUUGUUUGUUUGUUUGUUUGUUUGCUUGUUUGUACUGUUUGUUAUGAUUAAUUAUAUGCGUCGUUGUUCUAUUGGCCUAUAGCUGGCUUCCACUUUCUUUUAUUGUAUUGGAAUUAUAAGUAAUAAGGCCAAGAUAUCUUUCAGGAGUUUUAUCAAUUUUCGGCAAAUUCGGCAGACUCACUUGCAACCUAAUGAACUCUUGAGAAACUGUGUUUAUGUUAGUGGGUUUGUGAGUAAAAGUUAUCACAUCAAUAAAUCCUCAAAGAUAAUCGUAUAACUACAUCCAAAAAUGCUCUAAAAGUAUGCCAAGCUCAAAUAUUUCAUGAUCAAUUACAGAACCACUUUUAGAAUUAAAAUGCAUAAACGUGCUAUCAAGGCAUGGGUAUGAACGUGUAUUAACUUUGUUGUUGUCGUAAACCAACAAGGAAGUAAGACCCAAAUUCUUCGUCACAACUCGGCCAAUUCCGUACGUUCGGAGAGUAGCGGAUUUGUCCGAGGAUUGCCGAUUGAACUAACUUAUAUGACAUCGUAUGUGUUUCUUUAACGCAGCUGGUGUUGUUCGUCUGUUAUAAAAUUCACCAGGGACAAUCAUAGUCCUAGUCAAUAAUGAGAAAAUAACAAAAAAUCCCAAACAUUGUUUAUCUACGAUUCAUUCUACAAACAAAGAAUAUGAUAUACAUGUAGUAAUUAUUGUCGAGUGGAAAACAGACAGCCAAUAUAUUAUUGAACUGGUCAUUAUGAAAACGGGCAUAUUUAAAUAUUUUUAUUUUUACCUCUUGUAUAUAUAAAUGAGAUACAUGUUUUUAUAUGAAUAUACAUUGUGUGUGUAUUAUAUUAUAUUUGUUAUUGAUAUGUUGUAUUAACACUAUUUUAUUGGACUUUGGAAAUAAAUAAAUAUGUUAUCGUUAA